AUGGCUCAGGUUCAGGUUCCGCCUCAGAAUGCGAUUCCCGGCCCCAACGGUGGUGGUGCUGCUGGAAAUCAGUUCGUGACGACGUCGCUUUACGUCGGAGAUCUCGACCCGAACGUCACGGACGCCCAGCUGUAUGAUUUGUUCAACCAAUUGGGGCAAGUCGUAUCCGUUAGGGUUUGCAGGGACUUGACCAGUAGGAGAUCGCUCGGUUAUGGUUAUGUCAACUUUAGCAACCCGCAAGAUGCUGCCAGAGCUUUGGAUGUUCUGAACUUCACUCCUCUCAAUAACAGGCCCAUCCGUAUCAUGUAUUCGCAUCGUGAUCCCAGUAUCCGUAAAAGUGGGCAAGGAAAUAUAUUUAUUAAGAAUUUGGAUAGGGCAAUUGACCACAAGGCGUUGCAUGAUACUUUUUCUACAUUUGGGAAUAUCCUUUCGUGCAAGGUAGCUACAGAUUCAUCUGGGCAAUCAAAAGGCUAUGGCUUUGUUCAAUUUGAUAAUGAGGAAUCUGCCCAAAAGGCCAUUGAGAAGCUGAAUGGAAUGCUGCUGAAUGAUAAACAAGUGUAUGUGGGACCCUUCCUUCGCAAGCAAGAGAGAGAAAGUACUGCUGACAAGGCAAAGUUCAACAAUGUUUUUGUGAAGAAUCUGUCAGAAUCAACCACUGAUGAUGAAUUGAAGAAUGUUUUUGGUGAAUUUGGAACUAUUACUAGUGCUGUCGUAAUGAGGGAUGGAGAUGGGAAAUCAAAGUGUUUUGGAUUUGUGAAUUUUGAGAAUGCUGAUGAUGCUGCUAGGGCUGUUGAGGCUCUCAAUGGCAAAAAGUUUGAUGACAAAGAAUGGUAUGUUGGAAAAGCUCAAAAGAAAUCUGAAAGGGAGAAUGAAUUGAAACAACGAUUUGAGCAGAGCAUGAAAGAAGCUGCUGAUAAAUAUCAAGGGGCAAACUUGUAUGUCAAAAAUUUAGAUGAUAGCCUCGGUGAUGAUAAACUUAAGGAGCUGUUCUCCCCUUUUGGUACCAUAACUUCUUGCAAGGUUAUGAGAGACCCAAAUGGCAUAAGUCGUGGAUCAGGAUUUGUUGCAUUCUCAACUCCUGAUGAGGCAUCUAGAGCACUCUUGGAGAUGAAUGGCAAAAUGGUGGUAAGCAAACCUCUGUAUGUGACUCUAGCCCAACGGAAAGAAGAUAGGAGAGCUAGACUGCAGGCUCAGUUUGCUCAAAUGCGACCUGUUGGAAUGCCACCAUCUGUCGGUCCUCGUGUGCCAAUGUAUCCCCCAGGUGGUCCAGGUAUUGGUCAACAAAUAUUUUAUGCCCAAGGCCCUCCUGCUAUCAUUCCUUCCCAGCCUGGAUUUGGGUAUCAACAACAACUUGUUCCUGGUAUGAGGCCAGGUGCAGCUCCCGUGCCAAAUUUCUUUGUGCCAAUGGUUCAGCAGGGACAACAGGGACAGCGUCCUGGUGGAAGGCGUACAGGUGCAGUCCAGCAGUCCCAGCAGCCCGUUCCAAUGAUGCCACAGCAGAUGCUACCUAGGGGGCGUGUCUAUCGUUAUCCUCCUGGUAGGGGUAUGCCAGAUGUUUCUAUGCCCGGGGUUGCUGGAGGUAUGUUUUCUGUUCCAUAUGAUGUGGGUGGGAUGCCGCUGCGUGAUGCAUCAAUCUCCCAGCAAAUUCCUGUUGGGGCUUUAGCAACAGCUCUGGCUAAUGCUUCUCCAGAGCAGCAGAGGACGAUGCUGGGUGAGAAUCUCUACCCCCUUGUGGAACAGUUAGAGCCUGACAAUGCUGCCAAAGUGACAGGCAUGCUUCUUGAGAUGGACCAGACUGAAGUUCUGCAUUUGCUCGAGUCGCCAGAAGCCCUGAAAGCAAAGGUGGCGGAGGCAAUGGACGUCCUAAGAAAUGUUGCUCAGCAACAGGCUGGCGGUACUGCGGAUCAGCUGGCUUCAUUAUCUCUUAAUGACAACCUUGUUUCUUAAGGUUUAUAUUUUGGAUUUAUUUAGUGACGAUGGGUUGUUAUUUUCGGCACUGGCUCUGAUACAGUUUCAGGUUGAGUUUGUUUCGUUAGAUUAGACACUUUUGGUUUGUUAUGGACCACCACCUUCUUUUGGUUGAAGGACACUUCAACACUGAUUUUAAUUAUGCCUUGCAUUUGGUACAUGGAAUCAUUUGUUGGUUUAUCUUUUGAUUACAUGAGUUUGAUUUGCAUAA